CUCCUCCUCCCCCUCAGUCCCCUCCCCCCUCUCUCUCUCUGUCUCUGUGUGUCUGUGCUGCAGCCUGUGGGCUCCCCUUGCAGCCUGUGUGAGCCCUCUGUUCCCAGCGCAGAGACUGACCGGGGCAGGGAAGGGAGUACGGGAGGACUGAGGACUGGGCCCAGCUGGCGACUGGAGGGGGAACAGCCAUGAACACAACAGGUCGCCGGAUAACUGAAGUCGUAGUCGGCUAAAGUGGAAGGCCUACCGCAGGCUAAUGAUUACUGCCCUGGCUCUGCUGCCAAAGAGUUUGAACCCUGUCAUGAGUCCGUAAAGGGCAUCAAACAAACCUGACCACCAGGACGUUGGCCUUCAGACAGGGGCAUGUUGGCUUGUAAUGUUCAGAAGACACAUCACGCAGAAUCACAAUCCUAAUUGCGAAAAGCAUGCUUCACAGUCAUUUAAAUCUAAGGCAUCCCCCUCCAGUGGCUUUAACAUCUCCUCACGCUGGCAAGAACCAUCAUCAGCCAGCUCCUUGCUCCCGUUUCAUCCUAGAAUUGGACUUUGGAUGGACGUGCCAUGGUGACAUGAACAGGCUGAGUCAGGGGAACUUGUAAGCAAAGCUCGUGGGCACGCAUUUGUGAGCUUGUGCCAUUCCUCUUGGGACGGUAGCAAGACCAUGAGCUUGUCCCUGAAGACACGCAGGUUUGGGAGGCCAGUAAGACCACAACUGGUGCUUUUGCUUCUGUUUGCCCUCUGCCUUCUAAGUGUCUUCAUCUCUGCCUAUUACCUGUAUGGCUGGAAAAGGGGAUUGGAGCCCUCAGGAAGUGAGGCCCAAUCUCCAGACUGUGAUGAACCCAAGAUAAGCCCAUCCCGUUUGCUUCCAAUGAAGCCUUUGAAGCCAGUGGACUCCUCUCGCACAGAUCCUUUAGUACUUGUCUUUGUGGAGAGCCUGUACUCCCAACUUGGGCAGGAGAUAGUCGCCAUCUUGGAGUCGAGUCGAUUUAAAUAUCGUACUGAGAUUGCUCCAGGUAAAGGGGAUAUGCCUACCCUGACCGACAAAGACCGGGGACGUUUUGCACUAAUCGUGUACGAAAACAUCUUGAAGUAUGUAAACUUGGACGCCUGGAACCGUGAAUUGCUUGACAAGUACUGUGUGGAGUAUGGAGUUGGGAUUAUUGGCUUUUUCAAGGCCAACGAGAACAGUCUGCUGAGCGCCCAGCUUAAAGGAUUCCCCCUGUACCUUCACUCGAAUCUUGGUCUGAAAGACUGCAGCAUCAAUCCUAAAUCCCCUCUCCUGUAUAUAACCCGACCUAACCAGGUGGACAAGGGGGACCUUCCAGGGGAAGACUGGACCGUCUUCCAAUCCAAUCAUUCCACCUAUGAACCUGUUCUUUUGGCUAAAACCAAGUCAGCAGAGAGCAUACCCCACCUCAGCGUUGACGCAGCCCUCCACACCACUGUGGUCCAGGACCUGGGAUUACAUGAUGGUAUCCAGAGGGUCCUGUUUGGCAACAAUCUUAACUUCUGGCUACACAAACUAGUGUUUGUUGAUGCGGUGUCAUUCCUUACGGGAAAAAGGUUGUCCCUGCCCCUUAACCGCUAUGUACUAGUAGACAUUGAUGAUAUCUUUGUUGGGAAGGAAGGAACUCGCAUGAAGGUGGAAGAUGUGAAGGCACUGUACGACACACAGAUGGAGUUACGAACACACAUCCCCAACUUUACUUUCAAUCUUGGCUUCUCUGGCAAGUUCUUCCAUACAGGUACAGAUGCCGAGGAUGAAGGGGAUGACUUGCUGCUCUCCUACGUGAAACAGUUCUGGUGGUUUCCCCACAUGUGGAGUCACAUGCAACCCCAUCUCUUCCACAACCAGUCGGUGCUGGCGGAGCAAAUGGCCUUAAACAGGAAAUUCGCUGUGGAGCAUGGCAUACCUACGGAUAUGGGGUAUGCUGUGGCCCCCCAUCAUUCUGGUGUGUAUCCUGUUCAUGUACAGUUGUAUGAAGCUUGGAAACAGAUAUGGGGGAUUAAGGUUACAAGCACAGAAGAAUACCCUCAUCUGAAACCCGCUCGGUACCGCAGGGGCUUUGUUCACAAUGGAAUUAUGGUCCUUCCCCGGCAAACUUGUGGCCUCUUCACACACACCAUAUUCUAUAAUGAAUAUCCCGGAGGGCCUGUGGAAUUGGACAAGAUCAUUAAUGGAGGGGAACUUUUCCUGACUGUCUUGCUUAACCCUAUCAGCAUUUUCAUGACCCACUUGUCUAACUACGGUAAUGACCGCCUGGGACUCUACACCUUCAAGCAUCUGGUACAGUUUCUGAACACUUGGACAAAUCUGAAACUGGAGACUCUGCCUCCUGUACAGCUCGCACAUAAAUAUUUCCAGAUCUUCCCUGAGGAGAAGGACCCUCUGUGGCAGGAUCCAUGUGAGGAUAAAAGGCACAAAGACAUUUGGUCAAAAGAAAAGACUUGUGAUCGUUUCCCUAAACUUCUCAUAAUUGGACCUCAAAAAACUGGCACCACUGCGUUGUACCUUUUCCUAGGUAUGCACUCUGACCUGAGCAGCAAUUACCCCAGCUCUGAAACCUUUGAAGAGAUCCAGUUUUUCAAUGGACAGAAUUACCAUAAAGGCAUUGACUGGUUCAUGGAGUUUUUCCCCAUUCCUUCUAACACUACAUCUGAUUUCUACUUUGAAAAGAGCGCUAACUACUUUGAUUCAGAAUUGGCUCCACGGCGAGUGGCGGCCUUGCUGCCAAAAGCUAAAAUAAUCACUAUCCUUAUCAACCCUGCAGACAGAGCCUACUCCUGGUACCAGCACCAGAGGGCUCAUGAUGACCCUGUGGCCAUGAAGUACACAUUUCAGGAGGUGAUAACAGCUGGCCCUGAAGCUCCCCAGAGGCUCAGAGCCCUACAGAAUAGGUGCCUUGUGCCAGGCUGGUACUCAACGCAUAUAGAGCGCUGGAUGAACCACUUUCACGCUAACCAGAUAUUGGUUUUAGAUGGUAAAUUGCUGCGCACUGAGCCUGCUAAUGUGAUGGAGACUGUGCAGAAAUUUUUAGGAGUCACAAAUGCCAUGGAUUAUCACAAAACUCUGGCAUUUGAUCCCAAGAAAGGAUUUUGGUGCCAACUUCUGGACGGUGGGAGAACCAAAUGCUUGGGGAAAAGCAAAGGGAGGAAAUACCCAGACAUGGAUUCAGAUUCAAGGUCCUUCCUAAUGGACUAUUAUAGGGACCAUAACAUUGAGCUUUCCAAACUGCUUUACAAGAUGGGGCAGACACUCCCCACCUGGUUGAGAGAAGAGCUGCAGAGCACUAGGUAGCUGUUACUGAUGCAUGAAAGAAGAUGGAUUUGCCUCUGCGAACUCUUCAGUCGUGACAUAAUGGCGGCAGCGUUGUUCCUACACGGUGCAUUCAGCGUGUGUAGAUGAACUCUAUGGGUCUCCGUUGGAAAGACUCCGCUUGUUCCUCCGUCUCCCUUGAAGACAUCAGUCAAUGAUUGCAUCCUGAAAGGCCUGUUUUAGAGGCCUCGUUUAUUUUUUGUGGGACUCUCUGCUGUAUAGGGCCCCACAUACCUGUCUGACUAUUGUUCUUGGACUCAACCACUGAUUAAGUAUUAUGAAAUUUGGCCUACUGAUCCUGAAUGAAGCAGGCAACGGUGAAUAUUUCAAAUGGUGUAGCGAUGGUUCCUACACUGGGCUGGAAGAAUGGCGAUCCUCGUGACUUGCUCUGUAGGGAAUGGAAGAACCACAAAGCUAGGAAUACUAUGUAUUUUGAAGUGAUGCCCCGGUCUUCCUUAGCUACAACCGCUGCACCCCCUGUGGUGGUUACAACUCCUUGGGAUCCCAAUGUAAAUAGCUUUGUCACAAACAAGGAAUUAGCUCUUCGUUCAGUCAUUGCCUUUUGGAGUUAGAGGCUUUAAUGUUGGUGCUAGAAAGGUCUAUGGUAUCUGUUGCACUUGACAGACGCUUGGGCACCAAGUAUAUUCUUCCCUAAAUAAAAAAAUGUACUGCCCCUUUCAAAUUGCUACUGAGAUAAAGGUCACUAUGGAGUCAUGGCACCCCUGUUUGGGUGAUGCUACCAGCUCUUCAGCAUGACUCUUACAGUGAUACAGGCACCUCUAAAUUAAUGUCGGCUAUGGAUUACUGACACAAAUUUACCCCUGAUGUCCCUACAUAUGUGACUUGUGGCCCCCACCAACAUCUGCUCUUCUAUUGUUUUGCCUCUGUUUCUUGUCUUAUACAGUUGAGUGCCACUCACAGGCAGUGCACACAGUAAAACCCCACCCAUACUCACAGGACAUAUGAUACGGCAGACCUUAGGGGUAUUUUCAUGCUAGAUGCCCAGCAUGGUCAUUAGUUUAGAGGUGUCAGCAUCAUUUUCAGUGCCUUCUAGCAUGAGUUCUCAACAAGAUUCCAAUUGACUCCCAAUCAGUGCUGGUUCUUUGGGUCCAACACUGUUUGUACUUCAGUUCUGAUGCCUAAAUUUGGGAACAAAUGCAUUCAAGCAAUAAAAUGUUGGGAUUCUGCUAAAAAAAAAAAAAAAAAAUGCUCAUAUCACCUAAUACUCACCAGGUCUAAAGGUAUCCCUAUUUAGUGCACCCCGUAACUUGUACUGGGAAGUCCUUAUACACAGUAUGCUCAGUGCUAUAAAGAUGCAGUUCCAGGUCGUGACAUUUUGAUAUUCCCUUGUUGGCUUGUGUAACAACCUUCUUCUUUUUUUUAAUUUUUAUUUUUGUAAUACCCAUAAAUGUCAUAUUUGCCAGAAAAUGAAUGGGGUUAUGUAAUAAAAGGCACAAAGUUUGCUCAGGAGCAGUAA